AUGGGCUCUCUUCCUGGUGCUAUCCCCCCCUUCAAGGUCUUCGUCAUCGGAGGUCUCUCCUACGCCGGUGUCUCUACCACCUUGAAUCUGCUCGACCUGAGCAGCGGCAAGUCGCCUCGUCUCGCUCACAUUCCCUACGAGCACCACCCAGAUCUCAAGAACGUCCCCGUCGAGAUCACCCUCGUCGACGAGCGUGAUGGCUUCUUCCACCUAAUUGGCUCCCCCCUCGCCUUCGCCGACUCCAAAUACGCAGCAAAGUCCUGGGUCAAGUUUGAGGACAUCGCCUCCCUCCAGCGCCCCAACGUCCGCUUCGUCCAGGGCUCCGUCUCCAAAGUCGACCCGGCCACAAAGACGGCCACCGUCCUCGACCACGCCACCAAGCAACCCCAGGACUUCUCCUACGACUUCCUCGUCGCCGCCUCCGGUCUCCGCCGCGUCUUCCCCGUCGUGCCCCAGUCCCUGACACGCAAGCAGUACCUCCUCGAGGCAGAGGAACAAAUCAACGCCGUCCGCAACGCUCCGGAUGGCGUCGUCGUCGUUGGCGGCGGCGCCGUGGGCAUCGAGAUGGCCGCCGAGCUCAAGCUCGUCGAGCCGGACUCCAAGGUCACCUUGGUGCACUCCCGCGACAAGCUCCUCUCCUCCGAGGGUCUGUCAGACGAGUGCAAGGACAAGGCCCUCGAGCUCACGCGCGAGGCGGGCGUCAACGUCCUCCUGAACCACCGCGUAAAGGAGACGCGCAAGCUCGACCCCUUGCCCAACGGCCGCGCCCGCCACGAGAUUGAAUUCACAAACGGCGACAAGCUCAUCGCCUCCGAGGUCGUCAUGGCCAUCUCCCGCAGCGUGCCCUCGACAGACUACUUCCCCGCCGCCGCAAAGGACGAGGAAGGUUACGUCAAGAUCCACGCCAACAUGGUCCUCAAGGGCGACGGCAACGUCCCCAACGCCGAGGACCACAUCGUCGUGGGCGAUAUCUGCCUGUGGCCGGGUAUCAAGCGGUGCGGCACGGCGAUGCACAUGGGUCACUACGCCGCCAUCAACGCGCACCAGCUCAUGCUGGCCAAGCUCACUUCGGGACAGCACAAGCCCACCUUUUCGGAGCUCGGCCCCGUUGAGCCCAUGAUCGGGUUGGCGAUUGGGAAGAAGGCCGUCGCGAGCGGGCCCGUUGUGGGGACUACGUGGGGUGAGGAUGUCAUGCACGCGUACUUUAGAGACGACCUCGGCUUUACCAUCUGCUGGAACCACCUCGGUCUCGGAAAGGCCCCCGACUCUUGA